CUUUGACAAAGCGUCUCCAACACCACACAUCACCGGAGCAGCAAGUACGAAGUCGCUGGAGUCGUCGCCAGAAAUCGCAAAAGGAGAUGGACUAUUACGGGAUAUAUGUUAAUAUAUUAAGAAUAUAUUAUUUUAAUUAAGGAUGAUUGCUUUUUUAUUAGGAAUAUAUCUCUAGUUGGUAGUUUCCUUCUAGGAAUAUAUAGUUUCCUUUUCUCUUUGCCUUGUACCGAUCGGUUUUAGCUAUAUAAUAGCGCCGAGCUUCAUAAUAAGAACAUGAGAAAAUCCUCUUAAAAUUAUUCUUGUUAUUAGUUUAAACUUGUUAUGGUAUCAGAGCACUAAAACGAAGCUAUGGCUGCCGGCGACAAUGAUGAAGCCGGAGGUACUGGACAGAGCCGGACAGAUCACACCUCUCCGUUUUAUCUUGGGCCACAAGAUAGACCGGGUGAUUUUAUCACUCCGGUACGAUUAACCGGUGACAAUUAUGAUGCUUGGGCUAACGCGGUGCGGCUGUCCUUGAGAACAUGCCGGAAGUACGUGUUCGUUGAUGGGACGAUUACGGGACCAGUUGCUCCAUGGACGCAGGAGGACUGGUUGACAAUACAGUACAUGAUUGUUUCGUGGCUUCUCAAUACAAUCUCGCCUGAGGUUAAGUGCACACUUUCUCAAUACGAAGACCCUCGUGUACUGUGGAAUGACCUCCAGGAGCGUUACUCUGCUGUGGACGGUCCGAAGAUACCCCAGGUGAAGACCGAUCUUGCCAAAUGCACUCAAACACGCGGGAUGAACGUGGGUUCAUAUUAUGCUAAAUUAAAAAUUCUUUGGGAUGAAUUAAAUAAUUAUGAACCCAUCAUCACAUGUACGUGUGGAAACUGCAAAUGUGAUGUAGCUAAGCAAUCAUCCUUAAUUAAUAUAAUAUAUUCUUAAUAUAUUAACAUAUAUCCGUCCGUAUUAACAUUUAAAUGUGGCCCGAGCUUUGAGAUUUCAAGCUCAUCUUCCUUUAACUUUUUGGGGAGAAUGCGUUUUAACCGCUGCCCAUCUUAUUAAUCGAACCCCCUCGUCUGUGAUUAAUUUCAAGACUCCUUAUGAAGUACUUUUUGGUCAACCACCAUGCUAUAAAUUCUUGAAAGUAUUUGGAUGCCUGUGUUAUGCAUAUAAUCUGAGGUCCAAGGGUGACAAAUUUGCUAGUAGAAGCCGGA